AUAGAUACACACUCGCUGUUAUUCAUGCUUUCAUAAUGGUCCUAUUACUUGCGUUUCUGAUCCCGUUUUUGGGAAAAGAAGGCACGAUUUGGCUAGUUCUAGUUUUAUCCAUAGUCGCGUACUUUUCGUACAAUGUAAGGAAAAAACAAUCAUACUGGAAGAAAAAAGGGAUUAAACACGCGAAACCGAAAUUUCUGCUUGGUAACAUAGAAAUCAUCCGGUCGAAACCAUUCUCUGAGAAGAUUCUAGAAAUAUACAACGACUUCCCGGACGAAAGGUACUACGGAGCUUACCAAUUCACCGAACCCGUUCUGGUGGUCAAAGACCCAGACCUAAUCAAGCAAAUCACAGUAAAACAAUUCGACCAUUUCGUCAAUCAUCGCGUUUUGGCUAGCCCCGAAGCAGAUCCAUUCUUCAGCAAAAACCUGAUCUCAAGCCGGGACGAAAGAUGGCGCGAUUUGAGGGCCACGUUAAGUCCGUCUUUCACCAGCAGCAAAAUGCGAUUCAUGUACACGUUGAUCGAUGAGUGUGCACAACAAUUCAUUGACCAUUUCCGGAAAGAAGAAGGCGAAAUAAUAGAACUAGAAAUGAAAGACACCUUGACCAGAUACACCAACGACGUCAUCGCAACUACCGCUUUUGGUCUUCAGUGCAAUUCACUGAAAGACAGAAACAACGACUUCUAUCUCAUGGGAAAGGACGGUUCCAAUUUUGGGGGGUUGAGGUCCUUUAAAUUCUUUAUGUAUGGAAGUAGUCCUACUCUAUUCAAGCUGCUGAAGAUAAAACUCGUUCCCACGUACAUCGUCAACUUCUUUUCGAAGAUUAUAGAAGAUACGGUGACCACGAGAAAAGAGAAAAAAAUUGUUCGCCCGGAUAUGAUUCACCUACUACUAGAAGCGCAAAAGCGGCGUCAUGAAGAUACCAAGACCAACGAAGAUUUUUCCGAGCUCGAAGAGAGCAAAAACCGUCAAAAACAAGAAAUCACUCUUGAAGAUAUCUGUUCACAAGCCUUCGUUUUCUUCCUUGCGGGUUUUGAAUCAGUCGCCACGUUUCUAACUUUUGCAUUUUACGAACUGGCUGUGAAUCCAGACAUUCAAAAACGUCUUCGUGACGAAGUACAAAUAGUUGACGGAAAAAUCACCUACGAAGCUCUUCUUGGUUUAAAAUACAUGGACAUGGUUGUUUCCGAGGUUCUAAGAAAGUGGCCACCGGCGAUUUUAACCGACCGAGAAAUAAAUAAAAAGUUUACAAUCCAACCGAAAAAACCAGACGAAAAAACCCUUGUCCUAGAAGAAGGUAUGAACUGCUGGAUUCCCAUAUUUGCGAUUCAUAGGGACGAAAAGUUUUAUCCUGAUCCUGAGAAAUUUGAUCCCGAGAGAUUCAACGAGGAGAAUAAAGCCACAAUUAACCCGUCCGUGUAUUUACCGUUUGGUGCAGGACCCAGGAAUUGUAUAGGUUCCAGAUUUGCUCUGUUGGAAGGAAAGUUGCUUCUUUAUUACGUAUUGAAGAAUUUUGAGGUGGUUACGACUGGAAAGACGAAGAUUCCGGUGGUUUUAGAUAAGAAAAUGGUUAAUCCAGCGGCUGAAGGAGGAAUGUGGUUGGGUUUCAAAAAGUUACCGUUUGGAACAUCAUCGCACAUAAUUGUGAUUACUGUUGUCAUGGUUCUAUUCAUUGCGUUUUUGCUCCCAUUUUUGGGAAAAGAAGGGAUGGUAUGGCUUCUUCUAGCUGUGUCGAUAGUCGCAUACGUGUUAUACCAUAUAAAGAAAAAACAAUCGUACUGGAAAAGAAAAGGAGUCCAGUAUGUGAAACCUAAGAUCCUGAUCGGAAAUAUACCAAUCAUCCGUUCGAAAUCGUUCGCCGAGACGACUCAAGAUAUAUACAAGAAGUUUCCGGACGACAGAUACCAUGGAAUGUACCAAUUCACCGUGCCAACUCUCAUGCUUAAAGACCCCGACCUGAUCAAACAAAUCACAGUUAAAGAAUUCGACCAUUUUGUCAACCAUCGCAAUUUUGUCAGCACCGACACAGACCCAUUCUGGAACAAAAAUCUGUUCGCAAGCAGAGACGAAAGAUGGCGUGAUUUAAGAACCACUCUGAGCCCUUCUUUCACCAGUAGCAAAAUGCGAAUCAUGUAUACGUUAAUCGAUGAGUGUGCACAACAAUUCGUUGACCACUUCAAAAAAGAAAAAGACGUAACAGUGGAACUAGAAAUGAAAGACACCUUGAGAAGAUACACGAAUGACGUCAUCGCAACUGCCGCUUUUGGUCUUCGGUGCAACUCGCUUAAAGAACGAAAUAACGAUUUCUAUCGCAUGGGAAAAGUAGGUUCUGACUUUGGGUUUUGGCGAAGUCUUAAGUUGUUCGUCUAUGGAGUUAGUCCCGCUUUGUGCAAGCUUUUGAACCUAAAAGUCAUUCCUGGAAACAUCGCCAAGUAUUUUUCUAAGAUUAUAGAAGACACAGUGAAGACCAGAAGAGAGAAACAAAUCGUCCGACCAGACAUGAUACAUCUACUUCUGGAAGCUCAAAAAGGUCGUCAUCACCAGGACGAAGACACCAAAGUCAGUGAAGGUUUCUCCAGCGUGCCUGAGUUCGAAGUGACAAAAAACCCUCAAAAACAAGAAAUCACUCUUGAAGAUAUCUGUUCACAAGCCUUCAUUUUCUUCCUUGCAGGGUUCGAAACAGUCUCAACUUUUCUAACUUUCGCGUUCUACGAAUUGACCGUAAAUCCGGAGAUACAAAGUCGUCUACGCGAAGAACUACAAACAGUGGAAGGAAAAAUCACCUACGAAACUCUCCUCGGGUUGAAAUACCUCGACAUGGUCGUCUCCGAAGUUCUAAGGAAGUGGCCACCGGCAAUUUUAACCGAUCGAGAAGUAAAUAAACAAAUCACAAUCCAACCCAAAAAACCCGGCGAACGACCGCUCGUUUUAGAGGAGGGUGUCGCCUGUAUGCUCCCCAUUUUUGCGAUUCACAGGGAUGAGAAGUUUUAUCCUGAUCCUGAGCAAUUCGAUCCCGAGAGAUUCAGCGAUGAGAACAAACACAAAAUUAAUCCUUCGGCGUAUUUACCUUUUGGUACGGGACCCAGAAACUGUAUUGGUUCUAGGUUCGCUCUCCUGGAAAGCAAACUGCUUAUCUAUCACGUCCUGAGGAACUUCGAGUUGGUUCAAGUGGAGAAGACACCAAACCCGGUUAUUCUGGAUAAAUAUCAGUUCAACAUCACGGCGGAGGGCGGGAUGUGGCUGGGAUUAAAAAAAAUUGACUCUUAAAUUGGCUUACAUUAAAAACAAUAAAGUUUCCAAAUGA